AUGCAGUUCGACUUGGUGGUGUCAACCCCAGCGGCUGGAGAGAUUAGGACGUUUACCGUAUGCAUUAGAUGUCCUAUUGUUGUUGAGGGGCGUAUUUAUAAGGUGAACUUGAUUUGUUUACCUUUGAAGGAAUUAGAAGUGAUUUUAGGAAUGGAUUUGUUGGCUACCAAUCGCAUUCUCAUAGACUGUGGUAAGAAGGAGUUAAUUUUUCCGGAUGAAGAAGAAGAAGAAUUGUCAGUGACGCUCGGCCAAUUGAAAGAAGACAUUAUGGAGGGCGCCAGCUGUUUCCUGAUUAUGACGCAUGAAGAUCAGGAGUUUGGAGGUUUGAUGCAAGAACGAUCGUCCAUUGGUAACAGUAAUGGACGAUCGGUUGUUGAUGAGUUUUCGGACGUCUUUCCGGAAGAAAUACCGGGACUGGCUCCUGUUCGCGAGGUUGAGUUCACGAUCGACUUGGUGUCAACGGUGUCACCCAUCUCUGUUCAACCAUAUCGUAUGGCGCCUGCAGAGUUGGUUGAACUUAAGAAUCAAACAUAUAUUGUACCGUAG